AUGCCUCGUUCGGCUAACCCUCGCACCAAAUACCGCCACGCUGCGACUGUGCUUUCUCUAGGUACAGGACUGCUGCCGCCCUUUGCGUACUAUAAGAAGGUGGUCUCACCGGAGGGCAAUCUCGAGAUUAAGGACUUCGAGCUGGUGUCCCCCAACAUGGUUACUGAGGACAUGCAGCAGGAACUCGACUCUGAACCGGAAAUGAUGGACCAGGACUUGGCCGGAGUUCUCCCUUUGAACGCCUCCGAGAGCGAACCACACCACGGCCACAUUAUGACCCCGUCCAAGUACUAUGCGAAGUACGAGUCCUCGCCUGCUCUGCCGCUAAUAUUCGACGUGUUGCAACAACUGAUGCAGCCCGACGCAACGUUGCAGACAGCCUUAAAGAUGCACAACAGCCACAUGAAAUCACCUUUGUCUCAAUUCCUCAACGGCGCCGUGGAGCUGUCGCUGCAGACCAAUCGCGAAGCUAUCGACCAAGAGGAGGAUCUUUUGGAGCUCGAGAGUGAUGACCAACUGGACAAACCCCAGACGGGCAAAGCCAACAAAAUGGAUAAGAAAAGCAAGAAGGACAACAAGAGCAAGCGUCUGGAUGCCUCCAAGAAGGACGACCUCAAGACCAAGGAAUCUGCUGAAGUCGCACCCACCCGCAAGGGGGACGAAAUCGUUCUCACCUGCCCCGUCCACCACGAUCAUCAUGCCAAUCGCAACGGCGAGAUAGUCGACGACGACGUGGUCAUUGUCGACCAGUGUCAUGUUGCAUAG